UUAACAAAUGAACCACCCGCAGAAGGGCCACUUGGACCACCCAUAUCAGAAACAAAGCACUGCCUGACCUGCCAGGUAAUUUGCGGUUCCAACUUUGAAGAGGAGUCGAGCCCUACCCAAAGCUAGGUAAGGGCCCUUCCCCUUCCGCGGGGCAAGCCCAUGGGUGGUGGUGAUGGUUCUUUUCGAGAGGCAGUGGUGGGGAUCUGCAGUUGAACCUGGAACUAGUGGCCGUCAAUCAAACGAAGCCUGUGUAAUAUGGAUUCUGAGAAGCAGAUAUGUUAAAACUUACUGGUAUGAUUUAUAUAUCACACCAGUGAUGUGUAAAUCUGUUCCUGGUGCUCGAACUCAUUUGGACCUUGAACUACCGGCAAUCAAUCAAAGGAAGCCUGUUUGGGUGUGUAAUAUGGAUUCUGAGAAGCACAUAUGUUAACACUUCUGGUAUGAUUCAUGUAUUGUUUUCUUCUUUAGGUCUCAUUUUACAUUGUUAAGGAUAAACUUAAUUAUGUUAUCUUACCUUUGGCCAUUUGGUGCACCCACAACUUUCCACGAAUUUCAAUUCGUAAACCUGCUUUUCUUCGAAGUGGGACCUAUAUUCCGCUUUUAAUUUGUUCUUGGGUGGAAAAUGUGCUUUAAUAUAUUCGUAUGACACUCUGCGAUUAUGAAAUUAUUAGCUUCAUACUGUCUCGAGAACAAAAUUUAUAAUGAGUAGGCAAGUGUAACACUGGACAAUGAAAAUAGUAUCAGGAAAAGUUUAAUUGAUAGCAAUGAAAACUAAAAACUUGUAAUAACAUCGAAGUUAUAGAAUUGAACUUGAAACAAAUGAAUUUGUUGAGUUGUUUGUUGCUUCAGCUUGAAGUGCUGAAUAAGUAGAUACUUAUGCUGACUCUAAUUUUAUUUUGUGAUUGUGAUGGUAAAACAAUAGGUUGUGUCAUGCAGUAUAAUAUUGUUCAAGUGCUUGCUCUUGCUACUGUAGAUUCAACAAUUGUCAUGAAUGAUCCGCACAUACUUAUAAUAUUAUAAUAUUAUAGGAAGUAAGAAUUUUUGUAUUGUGAUUGCCAUUAUCCUGCAGCACUCAAUAACUUCAGAUUUGAAUAUUUCCUUAUUUGUCAUGAUUCGUGCUCCUUUCUAAACUUCUAGAUUUUUUUCACCCUUAAAAUCAAGAACCCCUUAGAGUUGUUGGUGGGUUAUUAUUUAUUGGGGAAGAGAAUCCCUUAUCUAAUAGGUAUUGCCUGUUCUGGUAAACCUGUUCCACAUAUAAAAGCUAAUAAGCUAGUUUUUCAUUCUCUGUGUAGUCCACACAGCAGGAAUCCAACAUCCUAGAAGCACCAAAAGUGGUGUAGUUUUUUUCUUCUAUUUUAACACAGAUUCUUGAAGCCACUUUGUAAAUUCCCAUUUCAACCACUUUAUUCUCCUUUCCACAGCCUUUAUUUACCCAUCUUCCUUCCUCUUUGUUCCACAAUCUUUUUUAACUCCUCUCCUUUGUUCUUCCGGUCAAUAUGACCAAACCCAAUGUGAAGCCCCCACUUCUUUGUACCUCUCUUUUCUUUCUGCUUUACUUUCUUAAUUCCUCUUCCUCCCAAAAGACUUGCCCAAAUUGUGGCUCCAUACAAGUCCCAUAUCCUCUAAGCACCAAACCAAAUUGUGGUGAUCCCGAUUAUUCAAUCCGCUGCGAUCCCCUUUCUCGCAAACUCUACUUUGACGCGCUUAAUGGAAGUUCGUACCUCAUUCUAACAAUUUUUGCUUCCAUUCAACGCAUGGUGGUACAACCAUCACCGUGGCUGCCCGGUACAUGUGUAACUCAAGACAUGCCCGUGAGUGAGGGGCUCUGGCUAAACCAGUCCCUCCCCUUCAACGUCACUUCGUCCAACACCAUCUUCCUCUUCAACUGCUCACCGCGUCUCAUGAUCUCUCCUCUAAAUUGCACUUCCUCUAGUCUCUGCCACCUGUACCUGGAAAACUCAGGAUAUGUUGACAAAAAGCGCGCACUUCAGUGUGCAAGCGGGUUAGACCCGUGUUGUACCUUUCUUGCAGGUGGAACGCCGUCAGCAUACAAGAUAAGACUCCAUACUUCCGGUUGCAGAGGUUUUAGAAGCAUACUUCACCUGGAUCCGGAGAAACCUCCAAAUCAAUGGGAAGAAGGGUUGGAAAUUCAAUGGGCUCCUCCACUGGAACCACCUUGUAAAAACCCACUUGAUUGUUCUGGGGCUUCCAAGUGUUCACCUACCAGUGAAAAUGGUACUCUUUUCCGUUGCCUUUGCAGGAAAGGGCAUUAUUGGAACUAUACCCUCAGUACUUGCUCAAAAAAGAAGAUUCCAAAAUCCAGACUUCAAAUGAAGGUUUCAAUCGGAGUUGUGUCUUUCUUUGCUCUCGCAGGUGUACUGGGUGCAAUUAUGGUGAAAAAAUCCAUCAAGUGUUCGAACCGGGCAAAGCUGGCAAAGGCAAGAGAAGACAUGUUGAAGUCGAGCAAUGGUGGGAAACCUUCAAGGUUGUUUAGCUUAAAAGAGGUGAAGAAAGCGACAAAUGGGUUCGCCAGAGACAGGAUCUUGGGGAGUGGUGGAUUUGGAGAAGUCUAUAAAGGCGAGCUUCACGAUGGGACUGUUGUGGCUGUUAAAUCAGCGAAAGUGGGUGACAUCAAAAGCACACAACAAGUUCUCAAUGAAGUUGGGAUUCUUGCUCAAGUGAAUCACAAGAACCUUGUUAGGCUCAUGGGUUGUUGUGUGGAAUCCCAGCAGCCGUUGAUGAUCUACGAGUACAUCUCCAACGGGACCCUUCACGAUCAUUUACAUCGCAAGCGCAUGGUCUUUUUGGAUUGGAAAACUAGGGUUAGUAUCGCUUUACAAACUGCUGAAGCAUUGGCAUAUCUACACUCUGCAGCUCACACGCCUAUCUACCAUAGAGAUGUCAAGUCAACAAAUAUACUCUUGGACGAUGAUUUCAAUGUAAAAGUUGCAGAUUUUGGGCUCUCUCGGUUGGCUCGCCCAGGGCUGAGCCACGUGUCCACUUGUGCUCAGGGAACAUUAGGGUACUUGGACCCUGAGUACUACCGGAACUACCAAUUAACUGAUAAGAGUGAUGUUUAUAGCUAUGGGGUUGUUUUGCUUGAACUUUUGACCUCCCAAAAGGCUAUUGACUUCACUCGUAACGAAGAUGAUGUGAACCUGGCCAUUUAUGUGAGUCAAAGAGUGACUGGCGGUUCGAUUAUGGAAGUUGUGGACCGAGAUUUGUUUGGAGAGGGAACUCCGGCUAAGGUAAUGACAAGUGUGAAGAUUUUCUCUGAACUCGCGCUCACCUGUUUGAGAGAGAAGAAAGGGGACAGGCCUAGCAUGAAAGAUGUUGUUCAGGAGCUCCAGGGUAUUAUGGAAACUAUGGAAAAAGAGGCUAGUAAUGAGGUCAAUUCUGCGAUUGUUUGAUUUUGCAAUGAAAUACUCUAAACUCAGUAUCCUUUGUCCUCAAAAAAUUCCUUCCCAGGUGUCCGAAUGCAUUUUCAACCGCCCGAUGUGGUAGGAAUACUGAAGCAUGACAAUUUUGGAGAACAAUCGUACGGUUUGGAGUGUAUUGGGACAGAGGAAUAAGGACUUUCGGGGAUGGAGGAUCGUGCCCAUUCUCUAAAAACUGUUACAAAGCUAUGACUAUUGGAAUGUACUAUAUAUGAUACCUUUGCAAUUCACUGUCAAAUGUUUUGACAGAUGGAUGUAUAUUUUCUAUAGAUAUUCGCAUAUAUACGUAUCUUUUUAUCUGCUUUGGAUAUACGUAUCUUUUUAUCUGUUUUGGAUAUUCGCAUAUAUACGUAUCUUUUUAU